AUGGAUGAUGGCAAGGGGCGGGGGAAAACUAAGAGUACCAAGGGCAAGUUCAAGUCCAAAAGAUCCCCGGAGGAGAUCAUGCAUGCUGCUCAGAUCAAUGCGCUACGUGAAAGCGAAUCUUUGCCCAAGAAAAGCCCUGGAAGCGUUUCACGUGCAAAAGCCAGGUCUGCGGCUUUUCACGCGGCUAAGGCUGCGUCCAGCGAUGCCCGCAAUAUCGGACCACCCGCGGUCAAGCCUCCACCUCCGCCGCCGCCACCUAGCCGUGACAGGCGAGGUGCGAGUGCUGAGCCAGAAAGCCAAGGUGUCCGUCUAGUGGAACGGGGUGAGGCUACUCCUGCAAAUCUUGAAGGCGAGGCAGAGGCUAGCGCGGUAAGGCUCAAGGAACGAGGUGAGGUUCUCCCUCGGGAAAGUGAAGGCCAAGAAGAGGCUACACCACUCAGGGAGAAAAGACGAGCAGAUGUGCAGCUCAUAGGCUAUGCCACAAGAAAAAGAGGUGAGUUGCUCCCUCGGUCCAGUCAAUCCCUGACGCAGGAAAGUGUCCAGCAAAAGGCGCCCAGGGGUGAGCUUCUCCCCCAGGAUGCCAAAGCUCUGGAGACUGAUUCUGAGACGGAGCAGGAGCCACCUAGCUCCAGCAACCGCAUGCCAGCACCGACCCCAUGGGAAAGAAGAGUCAAAAAGCGCGAGGCCAGUGAACCUUCCGGGGUUAGUGCGGAUAGUCGCAAUGUGCGGCGGCUGUCCUCCACGGAUUGGCUUCCAUCCGAGUUGGCUUUCGAAUGGCAGGAAGGUGGGGAUAAGAUGGUGUUCGAAGCGGAGGAUAUGCUUUUGAAGCUGAGCACGGUUACCCAGUAUCCAGAGGACAAAGUGCUUUUGGCUUCCGAGCUCCGCGGAGCCAGAGGCGAGACGCUCGCCUUCCACUUCCUUGCCUAUGUAGGAUGCCUGCUGACCUAUGUGACGGCCCUAGGUAUCACAGCCCAGGAUACGGGCAUCAGCAAUCUGGGCGGCGUUUUGGUGGACGGCGGUCUGGCCGGGGUCACCCUCCCCAUCAGUGCUUCUGAGAGGUGA